GGUCGUACAGCGGGAUUCACUUAUGCUCCCGAUUAAUCGAGAUCGAGACGGGGAUUUUCUCAGCUUCAACCGUUUUCGAAAUUGAGUGAGAAGUUUCAAAUGCGUUCAACUUCCUUCCUAUGGAUCUGUAGCAUUUUGCACUUCGGCUGUGGGGAACAGCUUUCUAUUCGAGAUGAAUUGCUCCGAGAGAAGAGCGAGUGGCUCGAGCCCGGGCGCGACAGGAGGUUCCUCGGACAGGCCCCUGUCGAAACUGCACAGCCGUGCGUCGGCGAGCAGCCUGAGGAAAUUGAGGACCUGCAGAAGAAUCUCAAGAUUUCGGAGAAACAGCUUUCGAAAUGUGAGGCGACUCUCGUGAAACUUCAGCUGAUAGCUGAUGUGAGCAACAAUGGAAAGCUGGACGCCAAUCUGGUUUACCUGAAGAAAAUAAUCGUUGGUAUCCUAAAUCGCUUCGAUGGAGGCCACCAUCCUCGCCGAGGAGUCCCGUCCGAGCUCUCGCUUAGUUUGAGUGAGAAGGAACGGGGGGAACUCAGACAGCUCCUCGAUAAGUUGGAUCAGAAUUCUGUUCCACGAAUGGUCGAGAAGAUGCAGGAUGUCAUCAAUAAGGCUCGAGUCACCUACGACGGCGUCGAGAGCCAUUCUUUUUUCCGCCAGUGGUACCUGGAUAUGUGUCUAAUCCUCGGGGAAAUGGAUCUCUUCCUCGCCAUACAGCUGAGCAUCGCUGUUUGCGCGAUUCUUUUCGUCUACAUCGCCGCGACAUGCCGCUCGAAGCUGGUGACUCUGAGCUACCUCUUGUUAUUCGGAGCGUGGAUAUCCUAUUUCUGGCAUUGGCAGACCAUGCUCAGGAGAUCUCAAGCGAAUCGCCAUAUCCUGAUCAGAAAUAAUCCCUGUGAAGAUAAUCGGGCAUUCUAUAAUCCGUUACGCUUUUUUCAUACGAACUCAGAGGAGUGUGAGAAGUAUCUGAGAAAGAUGUUCACGCCCAUGUUUUGGGAGUUCACCCCGAUGGAAGUGCUGUUUGACAUGGUCGCGACCUACACUUCGAACUUAGUAUCUGUCCUGAUUGUAAACAUCAUGGGUGCUGUCGGCGACGCGGUGAGGGAUUUCGCUGACAAGCAGUCAUGGUUUAGUAUCCUACCUGCUUUCCUAGUACUUUUCAUGGUUCUAUUAGUUUUAUUAUUCAAGCUUUCCGGAUGGGGGGUGUCUUUAUUUUACGGAGCCGUGCGACUUCAACCCCCGCAAGAACAGCCACGGAUAGAGACAAGGCAGCCACGACCGACACUCGAGAGAUCUACUUUCAGAGUACCCCGGGGUCUUCCUCCGACGAGGAGGAUCAGCUGGCAAGAGGGCCACCGGAGUAGAGUUAGGCCCACCAGAUAUCGUGCCUAUGAUAGCGAUUCAGAUGGUUAUCAGACCGCCGGAGAAUUAUAAAGCUCACGAUGUAAAUAUCUCGCGCCCUCUUUCAGAAUCGGACUUAAUUAUAAAUCUGGAUACCCUUUACGAUAACAUGCAUAGUUCCGUAUGUUCCAAUAAAUUUUUUUGGAACACGCAUCCCUACGCAUUGUGUCGAGGUCCUCCAUGGAACGAUUGAAUCGUGGGCAGGCUGGGGACAACAUCUAUACAUUCACAGACGACCGAUUUCGAAAAAGGGGCUUUUUGAGGACUCGGGCUCGGAUUUUCCUGCCUUAAUUUUUGCUAUUCCGGUGAGACAGCGUCGGAUCCGAUGUAGCGCCGGCGUCG